CCACAGCCUGGCCAUCCCCCGGGUCACAGAAUGUGGCCUCUCCUGUUCCCAGGGCUUCGCCUGCAGGAGCCGCGUGAACCGGAACAUUUUCAACAGCUUCUGCCGGCAACCCCCCACGUCCAUGUCCAGGUCAGUCCUGGAGGCCCUGACGCUCUCCACAGCUAUGAAGUGUGCCCCCCACGACGGCUGCUCCCUGCUCCUGCGUGUUCAUGCCUCCCUCACGCUGCAUGAGAGCCUGCGGGGCCUGGAGGUCUGCUCCAUGAGCCUGGACACCCAGCAGACACACUGUCACAGCAUGCGGGUCCUCAGGGCCUCCCGUCAGCAGCAAGUGGGGCAGCAGCUCCAGGUACACUUCGACUGCUUUGAGGUGAGCGUGGCCCAGAGUCUCUACAUCACCUUGAGGACUGUCCCCCACUUCUGUGGGGUCCAGCUGGACCAGCAGUACCACGUGGAAGCCAAGAAGCUGUCUUACUGGGUGGACCGCAGUCGCAAGCUCGUUCUGGUUCAGGUGCCUGAGGCCCCUGGGGGCCCCGACUACUACCUGCGGCUCUGCCUCAAGUGGUUCAUCUGCGAGGAUGUUGGCGAGCUGGUGCUGGUGACAGCCAACAGGGUCUCCAGGAUUGUCUCUCUGCCUUAUAGCCAAGAGCUGCCAUGCCUGUGCCUUGAGAGCUGGCCUGCGACCCCUGAUGCUGUGCGGACCCAGACCUGCCCCUUUGAAGAUGAUACAGAGGCGCUGUGGGACGCCAUCCACUACAACCCAGGGAGCCAGGCACUGAGCUGGGAGCCCUCCUGUCCUGUGAGUGGUCACGUGAGCCUGUGCUGGCGCCCAGGGCCAGGGGCCCGCUGCCUCAAGCUGGAACACUCAGACCGGCCUGCACACGGCAGGGUGCGGUAUUCGUUGGUGGACACCCAGCCCCAGCUCUGCCUGAAGUUCUCCACCAGCCUAGACUUCUGGAUGAGGUGCCCUUUCGAACAGCCACGCUUCCCAGGUGAGCUUGCGUCUGGAAGAUGA